AUGAAUGACGUAUUCAAGAAAGUGAAGGAUGCAUUAGAGAGAUGCAAGGGUAAUCAUGAAGUCUAUUUAUCGUAUAGGGAUUGCAAGGGGUUGGACUUGAAAGAGUUAUUGGCUGGAUUCAGGGAGUGUUUGGGCAGUAUAUGCGUAGAAAACAGGGAUAGUUUAAUUAAAGCAUACGAUGCUACAAAAAUGCUAACUGAGAUGUUAAAUAGAGCAUUCUUUGAUAAAUACGAGCAUGUGUGGUACAAGCAGAUGAAGAAUAGUGUAUUUGACAUUGAACAAUACAAGGCAAUUGAGACAUUCAUAGAGAAAGACUAUGAGAAAUACAAGGCGGAAUUGUAUGAGAAUUUGAAAGGAGAUAGGAAUAAGACACAUCUGGAAAUAGCAGAAACAUUGUUCAAGAAGGAUGAUUUGAUAAACAAGGCAGAUGAAGAACACCUGUUUAGGCCAGAAAUGGAGUAUAAUGCACAAGUCAGGUUCAUAAAAGAGUAUUUUAAAAAUGAAUACUUUAAAUUGGAGGUGUUCUACAAUAAGCUGAUAAACAAAAGAAAGCCAACAACUGAGGAGUUAGAGAACUUAGAAAAAGAGACAAUAUUAGAAUUAAGUUGCGGUCGCGUAUUGAGUAGGUACAUCAUGAAUGAACAAAGCAAGAUACUUGCAAUAAAAAUUAAGGCAGUGGAGUUAGCACGCAAUGAUUUCGAAAAGAUGGUUCAUUUGCUUCUGGAUGCACAGUGCUUUGCUAAGAAGUUGUGCAUGUCCUUGCAUCUUGAUCCACCAACUGCAUUUAUACAGCUGAUUGAUCAGAAGAUUGUAGCUGAGAACAUUUGUAAGUUCAUUCAGAUGAAAAUAGAAGGGAAACUUGAUACAAAAGCAGUUGAGAAGAGGUUGGCUAAGAAAUACACUGCUUACAAGGAGAAACUGAUCAAAGACUUAGUCAAUGGAAAUCAGGAGAAGUUGAAAAUGUCAGAGGAAAUCGAUAGAUUUCAUGGUUAUUUAUGCACCAAAGUAGAGUCAAAAGAACUCCAAUACAAAAUAUUGAGAUAUGCGGGCAUAGAAGAGUACAAAAGAGUCGAUUUCAAAACCAUUGAAGAAGAUUUGAGCAAAAUAACCACGGCAAAAGAAAUAUUGGAAAAUCACCUGAAUAGAACAUACUGGCAGGAAGAGUUAGACAGCAGCGAAAUAAACGAAGGUGAUUUGGAGCCACUGAGAGAACUUGCAUUUAAGAAGGAGGCCACACUUCAAAUAAACAAGGUGUCUCUGAAUAAGAAACGUGAAGGAUCAGAUGAUAAUAGAGGACUAUUUCUGUUUAGGUUGCUCAGCAAAGUGAUGCGUAAUGCAACUGAUAAGGAGAUGUACACAAAAAUGCUGAUAUUUGGCCUGGUAAAGAACAUGUUCAAGAAUGGUUAUACUGAAGAUGAUUACCUGAAGUUCCUUGCUUGUUGCAGUGAGCAUCAGAAACAUAAACUGAUUCGAGUGAUGGUUGAAUUCAAGAACAAGGAUGAAAACAGCAAGUAUUUUCAACACAUGAAUGAGAAGGAUGUGAAACAGAAACAGGCUGAAAAUGAGAUUAGGAUCCAGAACAAUGAAAUUAGAGAUGCGUUGAUCAAGAAGUAUAGGCUGUUGCCAAUCAAUAUCAAAGAUAGAUGCAGUAUAGGAAGCAGUCUGAUGCUGAACAACUCAAUAUUUGAUGAAUUAAGAAAUAAGAAGGUUGAGAAUUCCAAGAGAUUGAAGGGGCCUACCAAAUCAAUCUUGUUGAUGAAGAAGUGCUAUUGGCCUGUUUUCGUAAACACCCAAGUGGAACUAGCCAAUUUACCCAAAAUAAAAAAGGAAGUGGCAGACAACCUGAAAAUUGACAAUAUUGCAAUACAAUUCAAUGACUUGAUGUCAAAGGUGACUGUGAAAAUUAAUGGAGACGAAAUGCACUUGAAUCUGGCACAAUUUGAGCUGAUUCAGAAACUAUUGGAUAAGAAGGAGUGUAAGGUAUCUGACAACGUGUUUGUGAGAAAACAGAUCAACAUUCUGAAGAAAAACAAGAUUGUUGAAGUUGGGAAAGAGACAAUCAAAUUGAUCAAAAUUAAGGCAGGUGAUUUCACCCUGAAGUCAUCAUAUAUUGCUGGUGAUAUGGAGGAAAUCAAAGACGAUACUGAUUUGUACGAUAUAAGUAUCAGAAGUGUUCUUAUGGCUAAAAUUACUGCAAUAUUGAAAAGGAAGAAAUCAGUUGAAUUGUCUGAAAUUGAAAAGAUGGAUGAAAUGACCCUGGUGAAUUCAGUUGUAAAGCAGCUGGUAGAAAAAGAGUAUGCAGAAAUAGACGGAAAUAACCUUAAAUAUGUUGCAUAA